UUCCCACUAAUGGAUUUAUUUAGACUGUCCUUUCGCAUUCCAUGUCAGUAUUAAUAACUUUUAGCAGUCCAUGAUUCUCCAGUUGUAGACAACGGACCACGGUGGUACAACUGCAACACCGCAGUAUAGAAAAUGAACUGAAACUUCACUAAUUUAACAACUAAUUCAGCCUGUUUAGGCCUGCCUAUGCUAAGCUAAUGCUGCCCUCUACCUGCUACUGCCACAUGCUUCUUUCUCCUCAGGUUUUACAGGAGCUUUGCAUCAUUACUGCAGCAUCACUGCCACCUGCUGGUCAUCAUUUUCACCUAGAUGUAAGGGAAAAACAAGAACAUACAGAUGGGGUUAAAUCUCCAAGAAUAAGUGCAGAUGUUUCUUGUAGCUCAUUAAAAACGUACUGUGGAAUAAUUACUUCAUAUGAUUGUAUAAUUUUUUCACCUUUUUUUUUCUUUUUAGGAAACUCAUAUACCGUUCCCCUGUGGUUUAAAAGACGAAUUGACUUCGGGACAGCAAGACGAUAAUAUUCUGUUAGUGCAGGACUGUGGACGUUUGUUUCCACAUUUUUAUGCAUACCCGUUCAUACAUACACGGACACACACACAGCUGCAGGCUCGUGCAUCUUUUCUCUCCUCUCCAGCAGAUCUGCAGCUCUGCUCCUCCUCCUCCUCUACCUCGUUCGGCUGCAUCAGUGAAACUUGUGCAUCGGUGAUGGAUUGAUGUGGUUCUUCUGUCAGGAGAAAUAAUCCAUAGCCGCAUGGUGACGUCACGCCGCUGAAAGGUAAUAGUGUACUGGGGCGUGUUGGUUGGUUGGUUGGUUGGUUGGUUGGAGGUUGGUUGGUUGGUUGGGUGGGUGGUGGAUGUUACAGCCGCGCGGACGCUGCACGGGUAGAUGGAGGGUUAACCUCACACCACGAACACCUGACUUAGAAGAUACACACGCGAAGCGCGCACACGUACACAGACAUACACUUGAACUGCAUCAGGCUGAAGGAUCUUUGUGCUGUUUGUUUGUCGCGUCGGAGGUUGUCACAGCUACGGAGCAGGAGGAUGGAUGCGUAACAGGACGUUAUCCAGCUGUGGCCUGCUUCCCACAUCACAUCUGGCCGUACUUCUGCAGGGUCAGGGGGGGGGCCGCCCGAGCAGGCAGACGACCUACACUGGACUGCAAGGUCCAAGGCUGCAAGGUGGAGGCAAUGGAGGAAGGAGACGCUGACGGAGAAAGGCGCAUGGGGAUCAGAAAGGCAUCGGGUGACCUCGGACUCCCACCGGAAGGCAGGAGAAACAGCAGCUGUAGCGCCACCACCAGUACUACCAACACCACCAACCUUCUGGCUUCUGUCAAAGAACAAGAGCUCCAGUUUGAGCGACUGACUCGGGAGCUGGAGGAGGAGAGACAGAUCGUAGCCAGCCAGCUGGAGCGGUGCAUGCUGGGAGCAGAGUCCCCUGCAGGAGACAGUAGCAGCUCAUCUGAGAAGUCCUACGCAUGGAGAAUGGCAGGUGGAGAGUCGCAGAGUGGAGCCAUGGAAGCAUCUGGUCGCCACCUGGGGGUGGAGGAAGGACUUUAUCUGCCUGAACAGGACCGUGCCUCCCUGCAUGACAGUGAGGGUCUGUUAAAUUUACACACCAUAAAUAAAUACUCAGGCGGUCACUCGGCGCAGAUGACCUCAUAUUCAGACAGUGGUUACCAGGACAGCAGUGUUAGUUAUUAUAGCAACCAGAACGUGGUGCGAUCAGAGCCCCGGGCUUCACUAUCAAGAAGUCCAAGAGCUGAAGGUCAAGCCUCAGGACAGCCUUCCAGCCGAGUGCUGAGACGAAUGGCCUCCCUGCCCUCCCGGAGCCAGUCUCCCGGAUGUGGCACUGCCGGCACUGUCUCACCCUCACGAGUCUCCCUGCGGACGUCCCAGGGCAGCACCUAUGACUCCCCCAUCCUGUCUGAACCCAAACCCCUGGCUGCGGUGUUUCCCGGAACUACCAUGCCUCCCUCUUGCCCGUCACCGACCUCCCCAACAGGGGGCACAGCCGAGGCCCUUGCUGGUGGUGGUGGAGGAAUAGGAGGUGCAGGAGGUGCUUUAGGGGGAGGCAUCGGUGGACGUCUGGGCUCCACCCUUUCUCUAAUUGAGGGGCGAGGUUUGACAGGGUCACCUCUGCGUUCAGGGAUGACAGCGGUGCCACAGCACUACGGUUCCACACUGCCCAGACAGAGCCAGUCGCUGGCCUACGUAGCUGAUCCAUAUGGGCUGUACCAGAGAAGUGCACUCCCCCGACCCGACAGCCUCAUAGGCCUCCAUAGCUCUUAUGCAGGCCACGAUGCACAGAUCGAUCCAGAACUGAGGGCAGCCCUGUCUCCCGACUGCCACAUGACGCCUGUCUUUGAUGAACGCUCCUUCCACAGCCCUCUGUACCACAGCCCAACCCACGACCCUCAGGGCUCCCUCUACAGGACAGGCACCGGCAUGGGGACGCUCCCUCGGGCGACAAGUCAUUGCAACACGCUGCCGUACCAAAGAAGCAGCUACGGGCUGAGCUCAGCAGCUCUGUACGUCGACUCCUACAGGGUCUCUGGAGACCCGGUCUACCAGCAGCGACAUUCAGGAUUGGUGGAACGGGUCACGACACGGAGUCCAUCUAUUGAGAGUAUACAUAAAGAUCCAAGAGAGUUUGCCUGGCGUGACCCUGAGCUUCCAGAGGUCAUCCACAUGCUGCAGCAUCACUUCCCCUCCGUCCAAGCCAACGCCGCCGCCUACCUGCAGCAUCUGUGCUACGGAGACAACAGGGUCAAGGUGGAGGUGUGUCACCUAGGAGGCAUCCAGCACCUCGUGGACCUCUUAGAUCACAAAGUUGGAGAAGUACAGAAGAGCGCCUGCGGGGCGCUGAGGAACCUGGUGUAUGGCAAGGCCACAGACAACAAUAAAGUGGCGCUGAGGAACUGCGGCGGCGUUCCCGCCCUGCUGCGUCUCCUCAGGAAAACCACCGACAAUGAAGUCCGUGAACUGGUCACUGGUGUCCUGUGGAACCUCUCCUCCUGCGACGCUGUGAAAAUGACCAUCAUUCGAGAUGCCCUGUCCACGCUGACCAACACGGUCAUCAUCCCACACUCAGGCUGGAGCAGCACGUCCCACCGUGAUGAACACAAAGUCAAAUUCCAGUCAUCCCUGCUGCUGAGGAACACCACCGGGUGUCUGAGGAACCUGAGCUCAGCAGGGGAGGAGGCCAGGAGUCAGCUGCGUUGCUGUGAAGGUCUGGUCGACUCCCUCCUUCAUGUCCUCAAAGCCUGCAACAACACCUCCGACUAUGACAGCAAGAUUGUAGAGAACAGUAUAUGCACCCUGAGAAACCUCUCGUACCGACUGGAGGUGGAGAUGCCCUCCUCUCGCCUCCUCGGCAACCAGGAGCUGGACACUCUCCUGGGCUUUUCUUUUCCAUCCAAGGAGCUGGACUACCUUUGCUGGGGCAAGAGGAAGCGGGGCAGGAAGCGAAGUGGCUGGCCCGAUGACAAGUGGGAUGAUCCGGGGUCAAUCCCAGGUUUUUCUCAGCCUCUCAGAGGUGCAGAGCUGCUGUGGCAUCCGAUGGUCGUGAAGCCGUACCUCAACCUGCUGGCUGAAAGCUCCAACCCUGCAACACUGGAGGGUGCCGCGGGGUCACUGCAAAAUCUUUCUGCUGGAAACUGGAAGUUUUCGGCCUAUAUCCGGGCGGCGGUGCGUAAGGAGAAAGGUCUGCCUAUCCUGGUGGAGCUGCUGAGGAUGGACAAUGACCGGGUGGUCUGCUCUGUUGCCACAGCUCUACGAAACAUGGCACUGGACAGCCGCAAUAAAGAGCUGAUAGGAAAGUACGCUAUGCGGGAUCUGGUGAAUCGUCUGCCUGGUAGCAAUCCGUCCUCGCUGUCAGAUGACACUGUGGCAUCAGUCUGCUGCACGCUGCAUGAAGUCACCAGCCGAAACAUGGAGAAUGCCAAAGCUUUAGCUGACAGCGGAGGGAUAGAGAAGCUGGUAGAUAUCAGCAAAGGACGAGGAAAGGGGUAUUCCAUGAAAGUUGUCAAGGCUGCAGCUCAGGUGUUGAACACACUGUGGCAGUACAGAGAGCUGAGAAGCCUCUACAAACAGGAUGGAUGGAACUACACCCACUUCAUUACUCCCGUCUCCACUCUGGAGCGAGAUCGCUACCGCUCACAGCCGACGCUGCCCACCAGCCCGCUGCAGAUGUCACCUGUCAUUCAGUCAGGUGGAAGUGCAACAUCUUCUCCAGCCAUGCUUGGGAUCAGGAGACACAAUUCCAACUAUCAGAGGGCGCAGUCAUCUAUGCAACUGGACACAUACUAUGGAGACAACAGUUUACACAAACGACAGUACACAGGGUCUGAGAAGAAAACACCGUAUUUCAUUGGAACAUAUUCUUCCCAGUCAGGAGAUGAUUUAAGAAGGUCCCAGCACUCAGAGCCAUUCUAUGAUGAACCUGACAGGAAGAACUACAACAGCUUCAGAAUGUAUCUCUCGUCCCCACAAGGCUACGGAGAGGAGCAUUUUGAGGACGAACCAGUCCACCUCACCCCGUCCUCCCCUGACGGCUACGCCAGCCAGAGCCUCCGAUUGAAAGCCAACACCAACUAUGUGGACUUCUACUCCACCACACGGAGGCCUUCAAACAAAGGGAACAAGUUCACCGGCUCCCCCGACUCCUGGGUGUAGAUACAGAAAAACACGUACGUGGAGUUCAUCUGUUCUUGGCCAUCUGUUUUGUGUGUGAGGUCCUAUUCAGAUGGGUGCUGUGUGGAUGUGUGGAAGGUGGAUGUCUGGAACGUGCAUGCCAAUAUUUGAGCAUCUGUGAUGGAACUGACCUGAAUGGAGUGGGCACCGAUUAGUGAGUACAGCUUUUGGCUGAGCUGGAACAUGUACUUAAUAAUGCAGAUAAAUGUGAACGUUCCUGUUCACUUAUGGCCACCUACAUAGGUGCAGUUCUCACCUUUUAAAAUAUCUCAAAUAUAGGUGAAUAUAUGUGUGUAAACUGAUAGUGUAAACGUUGUGACCUGACUGGAGAGUCCCUGCCUAAUGCUAUCAUUUAUUCUCAGUUGUGUUAAAUAUAUCAGGUUCUAAAAAUGUCAGCGCUUUCUAUAAAUCCCCUAAAGUUAGUACAGAUUCUAAAAAUUCUUUAAAAUACUCAAUUCUGGAGAAGAAAGUGUAGGUACAGGCAAGCUUACCACUGGUCCAAAAGUACCAGGUCACCAUUGGCUGACUCUUUUCUCCAUGAUUUGCUACACUUACAUUAGAAGACAGAUCUGGACUGCAGGCAGUCCAGAUCUGUCUCUGCACAAUCAUCCUUUGGACAUUUGUGCAGUACGAGGCCUGGCAUCGUCACUCCCUGAAUAGAUUGACAAUAUUAUUAUACAAGGUGACAGGGCCAUCUACAUUUGUCUAUGUGUAGUAAAUAAGGAUUAGUUAAGUUAAUAAAAAAUGUAACUACAUGUUUUAUUUUUUUAUGCAUUCCAUAAGAUGUACUGGUAUUUCUAGAAACAGGGUCUGUGUUUUGCAGUGUAGUUGCAACAGUUUCUGGUCCUAUAACUCUAACCCUAACCCUAACUCUGAUUAAAGGUUGCCUCCUAUUCAGAGCUGAGUGGAAGAUAAGGCCAAUGGAUGAAAGUGCCCAAAAUGGAAUGGACUAAAAUGUGAGUGAGAGCAAGCAGUGUUCGAUAAAAGACAUUUUCACGCCUUCUGUUUAUUUCCAGUUUCAUACAAUCGUGACAAAGUUCACUGUAAAAUUGACAAUGAUCAUGAGACAUAAGUCACUGGUCAUGACAGUGUUGUUCACUGCAUCCUCUGUUGAGUGUAGGACGUUCACAUUUGGUCACUUCUCACUACAACAACCCUCCUCCAGAGGAAGGAAAAGAAACAAAAACCUCAACUUCAGUGUCACCUGCAUUAUUAUGAACAUGGACUUUAACAUCUUGUUCUUUACACGGACAGAAAGGAGAAGGGUUUUGGUCAAAAGGUGCUUUUUGAUUAAAAAAACAGAACAACUGCCCUUACUGUGUUGUUUAUCAGUGUGUUUGUCAACACAUGAUUUUAAUUUUCUCCGCAGUUCAAAGUGUGCAGUGUGGUGGCUUUAUUAUAUGAGUAUCGUCCGCCAGCAUCGUGUUGAAUGGAACAGAAAUACUAAAAAAAAACAAAAAAAAAACUUCCUGAUGGUGAGGAGACAAUAGCAACAUUAAUUCUCAGCACAUGCUGCAGUAUAUUAAAGUUCCAAAUAAUAAUGAAGGGACCUGAGGUGUGAACCCUUAUUGCUCUUGAACAAUUAAGGCCUCAGAGAACCGGGGUUAUAUCUGUAACCCUAUACUACUCCUCAGUAAAGUCGGCCAAAAGUGCAGUGUAUCAGAAAUUAUUUGAAAUAUGUGAGAAGAAAAUAUAUAAAAAAAUCUAUUUGUACAGAACGGCUUAAAUGUACUGUAACAUUGUUGUAUUCACUAUGUAGAAUUUCUAUGUGAUUGUGUGCAGAAGAUUUUUCUAUUAUUUAUUGUUUUUUAUGAUUUUCCUUGUAGCCUGGAGAACCCCUCCUCCCCCCCCCAUCUGUCUGUACUGUCCAAAAGCUGAUUAAUUAUGACGAUGAUGAUGACAAUGUGCAAUGUUACACAGGGAAAUCUAUGUCUUAGGGAUUAAAGAUACGGCAAUGCCCCAGAGCAGUGCAUGUCUUGUCAUUUUUGCAGAAAAGUAAGCGGUUGAGAUGUGCUUUAGUUGCAUCUCUUCAAGGUUUAUUCUGAAACAUGAUGCCAGCAACAGAAGAAAGGAAGAGCAACAAAGAGAAGUUACAGUGUCCAAAGAUAC